GCUGGAUGACGCGAGGUCGUAACUGCUGCUGGUAGGGCCGAGGUCGCCACCAUGGACUUUGUGUUGUUGGCUGGAAGGGCCGAGGUUGUCACCAUUGAUGGCUGGGUCGAGAUCGUCGCCACUAACGUCGAGGUGUUGGCUAGAUGGUCCGAGGUUGCCACCAUUGAUGGUUCGCCCGAGGUCGUCGCCACUAACGACGAGGUGUUGGCUAGAUGGUUCGAGGUUGCCACCAUUGAUGGUUCGUCUGAGGUCGUCGCCACUAGCGUUGAGGUGUUGCCCAGAUGGUCCGAGGUUGCCACCAUUAAUGGUUCGCCCGAGGUCGUCGCCACUAGCGUCGAGGUGUUGGCUAGAUGGUCCGUGAUUGUCAUUGCAGCUAGUUGUGCGCUCGUUAUUCCAGGAUGGUCGUUGGUUGCAGAAAUCGGGGAGUCUGGUUGCGCUGUGGGUUCUGUGACUGCCGAGCUGUCUUGAGGUGAAGAAGAAUCUCCUGCCCCAUGGUGGGCGCCAAUUAUUGUUUCCAUAUCUGGUCGGUGAUGUAAUAUUUAUAAAUGAUAUAAAGAGGUGGAGAUUUUCGUAUUAAUAGUCAAGAAUAAACAAGUUCGGACAAUUACAAGAACUAAAGAUGCUCGUCUAAACAGUUCGUCUAAACAAGUAUCUUUCUAUUUUAUGGUUUGAGGUCGUCUGGGCCGAGCUCGCCUAGUGGUCGAGGUCUUCCAAGACUUUGUCUGUGAUGAAGAGGCGAUGUUCUCCUUUUCUGUACUUUAUGUACGUUUCUGACCGUCCUUUUAAUGAGUCUGGCGUCUUCUAUUUAUAGUGACGUAUGUUUUGUCUUCUAGCGAAAUCAUCAAUUGUUGUUUAACGGGCCGGAUCUGAUUUUCGGCUUAGCUCUUAAUGGGCCUGUGCUAAGCCCAUCUCCAACGAUCGCUGGGUAUGGAUGAACUGUUGCAGAGAAGCGAUCAGCCUCUUCGACGAAAUGGUCGCUUGUGGCUUCAAACCUGAUAACGUCACGAUCGUCUCGACUCUUUCGGCUAGUGCACGGUCAGGAGAUUUGGAGAAAGGGAAAGCUAUACAUGAUUACGUUAAAGGAACGGACUUUUCGUAGAUUCGUUUUUGUAGGUUUUUUGAUUUCUAUGCGAAAUGUGGUUUCAUCGAGACAGUGAUUGAGAUAUUUAAAGAUAUAAACACUUUAAUAGUAUUUGGGUCAGAUCGAAUGGAGGCAAAACCCAAAUAAAAGAGGCAAAAAUGGAGCCGAUGUUAUAAACCAAAUGAUGAUCGACCAUAGACCAGCCCGUACUACAGGCCCAAUCCGGAACAUGAUAAAGACAACCAGAGACUAUGUGUUUAUCUAGUAUAUAUUCCAUGUAUAUCUGU